AUCGUCCCUGAUGAUUUUAUAUGUGUUAAUGUGAUUUAUUUAAUCCUUACCCAUCAAUGAUGUUUUCAGGCGGAUACUUUUCAUCGUAUGCUGUCGAUAAACUUAUCCUAGCCCCACGUUUAACUAGUGCAACUUCUAUCAUUUUCCUUCAAAUUUCAGAUCUCUGUUGUCAACAACAAUUUACAAUGACAACUGGCAAUGCUAUUAUGUUUCACUUUAAAUGAAGUAUUACUGUAAAUCAUUGUUUUGGUCUUCCGCUGGUGUCGCGCGGGAGCGAAAAGGAAGGAAAAUUUGGAAAAGAAAAGUAAAUAAAAAUACUAAAUACAAUUUCAGAGGUCUGCGAAGGUGAAAUAUAACAGUUAAUGUGUCAUUAAAUGUCCAGGUAUGUAACAUAACUUUGAGCUCAAAUAAUUUUUGUUUUGGUUGGAAGUAAACACCAUGAAUUACGACUACAGCUUGUCGAAUGUCGACUUAACGACAGGCAGUCAGGACAUAAUGACAUACAGCUGUACAGUACUACGACACAAUCUGACAGCUGCAUAAUUUUAUUGUUUCAAGAUUACAUCGUCUGUUACACUCUGUUUGGUACUCAGGUCACUUUAUUCCUGUUUGCAGUAGUGAUAUCAUUGGGAUAGUUUUGUAUUUUAAAGUCACAGACUGUGUAAGGGGCGACAUCCAUACUCAAAUUGCCACGCAAAACGUCAUUUUGACGUUUUGAGUGGGUGGGUGGGUUUUCAAGAAUCAGUUUGACGUUUUGCGUGGCAGUUUGAAAUUUUUAAAUCAGAAAAUAUUGAACACAUGUGCAGAAAUGAUUUUGGAUGUAUAUGUAGAAGUUAACUUGAAGAAUUUGUGUAUUUCACUGUACCAAAGGCUUUAAACACGUUAUCAGUUUUCGCGAAAAUACGAAAAAUAUUUAAUACAGGUAUUAAUUUAUAUCAUUAUUUAAAACUACAUGAGCAUUGAUUUGAAACAUUAUUACUCACUGGUAACACCUUUGAGGUCUCCCUUUUAUAGUUUUAAUAACAAUAUACACUUGACGUUUUCAGCACUGCGUGGGUGGGUCAAAACAAAAACGUCAAAAUGACGUUUUGCGUGGCAAUGUGAGUAUGGAUGUCGCCCCUAAAACGCACUGCUGUCUGUCACUGCAUGCAUGCACACGCCCAUAUUUCAUGGAUUCAAUGGAAUCGUCAUGCAUGUUCCACCAUAGAGUAGCAUACAGUGAUGCUUCAGUUUAAUCCACCAACAUAUUCUUUAAUCCAAGCUGCUGUCAUCUAUUUUUUUUCUGCAAACUAUGAAUAUGAAAAACCAACAAUGGCAGCAUUCUUUCCUAAUUGACAAGUAAAAUUGUCUGGCAUUCAAGUAGAGUGUUUAAUAGACAGGGCAAAAUAAUAAAGUAUUGUGCAUUGGCACUUAAAGGGUUAAUGAUCAUUGAGUGACGGCACUCUCCCUUUGAUGAGUAAAAUUUCUGGCGUUAUAGAGAGAGCAAAAUAAUUUAUACUUAUGUAUACGUACUAGUCAAUUGACGGCCCCCACAGCAUAUAGCGGGGAAUUAACGAGCACAGAGCCGCGGAUAACACCUAUUUAAUGCUGCAUUUCUCCGGGGAGACCGGGGAUUUAACAAGCAUACUAUUUGCCUGGAUAAGUAGCCAGGAUUUUAAUGCUCGGCUAGAAUAAAGGCGUGGGUACGAGUGAUCUUCGCUUGCUCGUUGAUCAACAAUGGCGGAAUCAUUGAGAGGUCAUUACAAGUGUUUGAACAUGCUCAUCGGUUUAGUGCUACACAUACUAUCUUAAUUAGACCAACAUAUAUUUUCUCUUAUACUGUAUACAUUCAUGGUCUGCUUGUAUAUAUAGUUGGUUUAUACAUGUCAGAUACAAACCUUGAAUUUAUGAUGACCAAGUACACAUUUUAUUAAUAUUGGUCUACGUGUCGUGGAAAUUAGAGAAUCUCUCGAUCGGGAGAACGAAAACAAAACAAGCUCAAUUGUUUAUUUAAUCUUUGUUUACAUUAUAUAUUGUAUAUUGUUUAUUAAAGUUUGUUGUAGAAAGUGUUCAGAUUUGUGUAUUGUCAUUUGCUAUUUUGUAAUUUGUACAAGAGUUCGUAUUACAUAUCCACCAGCUCCUACAAGAGGGCGUCCAAUUUUGGUACAACCCAAUUUUGUGCCCUAGCUGCACCCCCUGUAGGAAAAUACCAUUAAUGGUAAGAGUUCAGUCUUUACAUUCAUUUGAUUAUAUACUGUAUACAUAGUAAAUAAAAACCAUAAUUUCAAAAACCCAUUAAUGGAAAUUUAUUUUUUCCCUGUGAUUGUACACCUUGCCUCCUGCUGUCCAAAGGGCAAGGGGAGAAAAGGUUCUGAUAAUAGUAAGUGUAUUUAUUUAGGGCAUCCAAAUAGGGUUAACUUUCAAUUUCCUCCAUGGCAGAGGUAUGGAUCAAUAGAACCCAUAUGGAGGCCCAUUAAUGUGCAAGACUCUCCCCUUAAUCAAUGCAUGAGUAUAUAGACUGCCAUUAGACAGAGUAAUUAAAAUAAUAAAAUGGUGCAUUUCGGCCUGCUGCAGCUUAAUGGGUGAAUCACCAGUGCAAAUUAAUCAAAACUUGAGUUGUGAUUUGCGAUUAUUGAUGAACUUUAGACUUCGCUAAUAGUACCCUCUCCACGGGCUUAUGCCGGACCGGCACUCCACGACGUACGUUGGGUUGGGGAUUAUGUGUUUUUCGUUGGAUAUGGCCAUACAUACUAGACUCGGUCUGAUUGCUGGUGUUAUCCUUCAAACUCCUUUGUGUCCAACUACUACUUCCCAAUCAUCUUACUUUAACCGUAUUGUCAAACUCUUGAACAGAGUGUGUAAGAAUGUUGAUUCUGACGCUUUCUCUCCAGUCCCAUUACUUUUAUGUCCUUGCCUUUUUAAAUUUUCCAUUUAUUCAUUUUAUUCUUAUGAGUUAUGUAACUGUUAUUCUUAGACUUCAUGAUAUAUUGUAUGAUUUUUAAAUAUCCAAAUAAAUUUGUGAAAACAAAACAAAACAAAACUUUUUGCUGAACACUAUAUGCCAAACACUAUAUACCCCAAACACUAUGCGCCAAACGCUAUACCUUUGAACGCCUGAAUUAAAUACAAGAUUUCAACAUUGUCGUAAAAUUUUUUUAGUGAUUUUUAUAUCCGCCAGUUUGAUUCCCACAAAUUGUCAAAUUGUGCAUUUAAAUUUAAUUCCAUCGCCCAUAUUAUGAAGAGAAGAUAUGGGUUGCAUGAGCUACGAUUAGGAUUCGAUUACGAUUUUGAAUAAAUGUGCUAUAUAUGGAACAAAACGCAUAGUAAAAAAAUGCACGGUUGAGCGUGCAAUGGAAGCCUUCCGUUGCCCGCUGAGCAAAAUGUAAUUUUUAUUCCAUAUCACGUGGUCAUUAUCAGCCAAUUAAAUGGCCGAAAUUUGAUGAGGUACAUGAUACGCUAUUGACUAUGACUAUGUGGGACUAUAGACGCUAUACUAUAAACUACGUGGACGACUGGACGUUCUUCUGAAUUUUUUAGUAUUAUUAAGAGUUAGCUGGCAAGCGAUCUUUCUUGCGAGUUACACAUUUUAUAAAAUGGGAGCCCUGAAGCUUAAGACCUAUCAAAAAUAUAUCGUGUGGUUCUGGUUUCAUACUUUCAUAUCAUGAAAAAGUACGAAAAUAUUUUUGGGGAAAAAACUUUUUUUGCUUGACAUCGAUCAGUAAUGCGCGUGAAAGUGGUCAGUUGGCAUCAGCACAUAACAUUUCAAUAACUAUGGGCGACCUACGAAAAAGGUAGGGUCGGCAUACCACAUCGAAAAAUCAAAAGGGUCGGCACAAAAAUAAAUGAUAGGUUGAGUAACCGGAACACAGGAUAUUUUGUGUUAGGCCUAACCUUGAUCACUGUAUAGUAUCUAUAACUUUAUUUAUAACAGCUGUUCCAUUAUGUAAUCAACUUUUACUGCAUAUAAAUAAAUUAACAAUGACAUGUAAACUAUCCUCUAGGUGCGAAAAAUGCUUUCUCUACAACUUGUGGCAGAAAUCCAAGCCGGAACCUCCCUUGUAACUCCAUUCCAACCAUGGUGGGAAAUACUUAUAGAUUACUCGCUCACUGGUAUACUGAUGGCAGUUCUAUUAGGACUGGCUGGUGUUACACUUACUGGUACAACUGAAAUUGUAUGCAUACCAAUCGUGAAUGGUAGUCUGUCGACUGAUCUAAGUAUUUCUUCAUAUGUGAAUUCAAGGUAAGAAAUUUCAGUCGAUUUCACGUAAUUUUUGCCUGAAUGUUCCGAACUUCGUUCCAAAGUUCGUAAAUUCGUAGUUCAUAUUGAAAUUCACAGACCAGUUUGUAAACAAAGCCUCUAAUUUGUCCUUGAAUUUAAAGAAUGGUUUAAAGGACGAAGUUCGUAACAUUUAACCCCGACGACAAUAUUCUUGGGCAUAAAAACUCCCAAUUGCCGAAUUUAGUGAAAACCUACAUUUCAUCCUGAGUGAAAUAUGGACAAACGUGGAACUUUUUUAUAGCACAAUUUUCUCACAGUUUCUGUUCGAAGCGUCAAGAUUUGAAUGUGCGAUGACUCUCAAAAGCAUCCGGCAUAAACAUUGGAACAAUAAUACAUGGCGAAGCACCGCCAAAACCAUCCAAUUUUAUAACAAAAGCAGAAUGCAUGACAAUGAAUAAUUCACAAAUUCAUUUUGUCACAAAGCAUAUUUCUAUGAAAUGAGUCAUCGUUUGAAAAUAAUAGUAGUAAUCAACACUUAUAUUGUGUUAAGAGUUCGUUUAUGAUAAAUAGAUUUGAAAAAAACGAUCAACAGAAAUGUGAGGUUUCUUUCUGAAUUUAGUGGGUUUUGUCACCAGUAAUGUUGCUGUCUGCGACUUUGUCAGUGGGGGAUUUUGUUGAUUUUUGUCAUGUUCUGCUUUUGUCAUGGGUUUGAUGUUGAGAUGCACGGUAUGCCUUCUUUCCUGAAAUUUAACAUGAUUAUGCAUUCUUGUCUUCAUUAUUAUGUAGAUGUUCCAGAACAUUUGGUGGGAGUUUUCUCCUCUACUAUCCAUAUCUUGCACUUGUGCUUUAUCUGGUGCUACUAUUUGGUCAUAUAAUAUCGGUGAAGCUCCCGUCCACAAGUUCAUUUCUUGAACUUAUGUUUCAACUUUUUGCCGACUUCAAAGCGCUUCGAAACUCGUCAGCGUACUUUGGAGGCCAAGCCGUAGUGACCAACCCUGAAGAACAGCGCAUGAGCAACGAGACGCAGAAAGGCGGAAAACUUUACAAAGUACUAAAAGUUGAAGUCAAAGAACAAGUCAUCGGUCUGGUGGAACGACUUAUUCAAACUUUGAAAUCAAAUCCCGGCUUCUUCGUGGUGUACGUGGUGAAAUCGGUUAUUCUUUUUGUCGGGAGUGGUUUAGUAAUUGCUGGGAAUGUUGUAGCACUUGUUAUCUAUGAUUGGGCAUUGGUGUUUGAUUGUGAGCUCAAAAUGUCCGUCGCUGCUUUGUAUGAAACAACAACAUGUACAAUUCCCGCAGCCCCUUUCUUGUACAGUCUAAUGAUUGUAACUGCAAUUUUUUCGUCUUUCAUUCUAAUUUUAACCUGCCGAGCAAUUUUCUGGCUGAUUCAAACCAGAAAUUUUCAGUCAGAUUAUUUGCAAAUGUGGAAAAAGGGAAAGCAUAUACUCAGUGAGCAACCAGGAUUUCGAGAUUUUACUUUCUGUUUAAUGUUAAUGAAGUGUAACGGGACGGACGGCGAAGCUGUAUAUGAAACCGUGAAUUCCAGUCUACAGAUAUACACUAGUCUUAAGAUCGAGCAACAUCUUGAGAAAGACCAACUCCUCGGCACGAGUGUAGCGUCUGAUGUACAGUUCGAGCAGGCUAAUUAUAUUUGUGAUUUUAUGCUUCGGGAAAUGGGUAUGCAGAGCAAAGAGACGGGAGAGAGUCAUGAUUUGAUUAACACAGUGAGCGGUCUCUAUGACUAUAUGGGGAUAAACGGUGGUGACAAGGAAGGCGCCGAAAAGAGGUAGGAGGUAUUUUGCAUUCAACCCUUUUUCUCGUUCCUUAUUGAUCAAUAUUUCCAAAUUCUGUAUUCUGACUACAUGUAUAUUCAUUUGGUUCUUGUGCAGAAACUGAUCAAUUUAAGGCCGCUGCAAAUUUACUGUAAUCAAUGCCACGAAUGUUAACGCUCGUUCCAGCGAAGAGCAGUUCCCUUUCGUGAGCGCCUUAAAAACUCGAAACCCGCCGGGGCGAGUGCAAUUUGGAAAAAUUUUUAAACAUGACAAGUUUUGGUAACUUUUAAUUGAACAAGGAACAUCAUAUGAUUAUUAAUUUAUUUGGCCAAUUGAAAAAAUAGUUGAUCAUCGUCCCCGCCCGUCCAUAAAAAUGAGCCUGCAUACCCAGGAUUUUUUUUAAAUUUUCUAUUCAAAAACAGCAACUUUUGUCACGUUGAAAUUUAAAAUUUUCAUGAGUUCCUCUAUAAAUGGUGGAUCACUCGACACUGUAGAAGUCCAAUGUAACAGUCCUGAAAUAAAGUAUACCUUAAUUGUUAUGUAUUUAUUUGACGCAAAUUUUAAUCUUUGUAUAAAAAAUAAAAAUAAUGCAGACAGAGCCAAUAUCUCAAAAGCCCGCCGCCCGACUUUUGGCAAAAGUAAAGGACGAUGGCCAACUUUUUUCUUUUUCUUUUAUCUGACCAAUAUUUACGAAUUCUAUUAACCCAUGGCUUUUAAAAUGCACUGACCCUACAGUACUUUUGUUCUUUUGCUUGUCCUUUUACUUGAAAGCAUUAGCUAUCGAUAGUUACUCCGACCCGUUCAUUUCCGCAUUUCUGUUUUGUCAGAUUAAGAAAUGCUGUCGUGGACGAACUGAUCUCACACCCAACCCGCUACAAGGACAUGAUUGAUAACAGCAAGGAAAAUCUCUUGACAUUUCGUGAAUAUGUGAGAAGCAUUAAAGACGGAUCUUUCGUGUCUGGCCAGGUGUUUGAAUGUAACUUCGUUUUAAUGGCGUUCGCGAACUGCACUCACUUCAAGAUUGUGGUAUUACGACCUAAGUUGUGCUCGUUUGUUUUCACUCCUCUUUAUGAGGAAGGAGAACACGUGAAAGUUUGUUAUCUGAAGCAUAUACCACCAAGGGAUUACAUUGCUGUGCUUCCACUGGAUGAAGCAUCAGAUGAACAAAUGUUAAACAAAGAUCGGUUUUUAGAAAGUAUGGAAUAUGCAGAAAAGCUUCAAGAUAAAGCACUAAAAUCAUGGCGUUCGACUGGUUACAAGAAUUUCUUACAAAAUUUAACAUCGCUUUUGCCCAAGUAUCUCACUGGUACUGAAGAUGUUUUUGACAAAGUAGACGGAUCUCAUAUCAAUCGUCCAGUUAUGUCUCACCUCACGCUUUUAGAAGACAUUGGUGUUGGAGGAAAUGAAGAUGGGGAGAGCGAAGCGGAGGGAGGUGCGAAAGAAGAAGAGGGAUCUAUGGUUAUAAAUUGAUAACAGGACAUGUUUUUAUAUUGAGUAGAGUUGCCAGGAAAUAAAGUGUGCGAUAAUUCAAGACUUUUUUGUCCCUCGCUUGUACUCCAAAAAUUAUUCUUAGGUAUUUAUGUCGUUAAGAAUUUAAAUGUCCAGGUCUACUUAGUCUUUAAGAUAAGGUAUAUGAAGCAGAGUUUUCUUUUAAUAAACUGAAACAGACUACAGUACGACUUAGAACUAGUGAGCUAGCUCCAUAUAUAUCUAGAGCAAGAACUUCAGUUAUUCGGCCCAUGAGAAAAGCUAAGAUGGCGGCAAUUGACGUCCAAUAGCUCUGCGGGUCGUAAACGGCUUUUAUUCCAUUUUCCCAGCUAAUUCCAGUUUUUUCUAACGGACCGUAUCGUUAACCAAGUUAUCAGUUCAUAAAACCAUAGUGUUAUCUCCUUUAAAACGAUGUCAAAAUACGAAACGUCGGCACACUUCUUGCCAAGAUGGCGGAAAUUGAAGCCGCUAUAUUCGACGUUAUUGUCUGCGCGGUUAACAAGCUGGCUUCACAUUUUGAACUCGAGUUCUCGCUCCAGAUAUAUAUGGAGCUCAGUGUUUAAAUAGCGAUUGUAGCAUUUUAGAUAGCGAUUGUAACAUUUUGCACUGAAUGGGUAACGCAUCUCUUAAUAAAUUCGUGCAAAAAAUGAAGCCGGAAGUGACACUGUCGCCACCUCAUUAAGGCUCCCACUAUACUAUAUUUGUAUUGCAGAAUCAUAGUUGCGCGUCUUUUAUCGAAAAUUGUGUAUAUUUUAUUCAAAAUACACCCAAAACAUGGAAUAACUGCUACACUACAAAUAUAGUGUGGAAAUUGGUGAAAUGAAUAAGCUAUGCGGUACACUGCAUACAAACCCGUUUUAAAAUGAGCUGGAUAUCAAGUGAUCAAUAUCAUUGUUCAGAUACCAAUUGAAAUUGAUAAUUUUUUUGUACUAUAACAAAUGCACUGUUACAUAAAGAGAAUUGUUAUUAUCAUGUCAAGAUUCUGGGCUUAUAUUCAUGUCUGUAUCUAUACCUGAAAUAAAAGGACUAUGAAGAUGUCUGUAACUGUGUAAUAUCCCUUGUAAGACCAUACUGUACUGUUAUUGUAGUGUUUUGUAUUUAACAAAUAUAAAACAUUUUCCGUGUUGUGAUAUACAGUUAUAUCAACACGCGUGGGAAUUGGGAAAACGAGAAAUUGUGUGGUG